AUGGAGCACCUGCGCAACGUUCUGGUAGCAAUCUACAUCUCAUGUAGCAUCCUCAUCAUCAAAGCCAACCUGUUCAUCAUCGGUGCUAUCCUGUAUUCACCCGUACUGCGAAAGAAGACACGCAAUCACAUCAUCAUCAGCAUUGCAUUGGCGGACCUCCUGCUGGGCAGUUUUGUCACUCCCAUGCUGGCCACAAAUUUGAUAGAAAGUUCAAUUGCUGAUUGCCAUACCCAUCUUGCCGUUCAGGUCAUCGGAGACCACGGCAUAUUUUUUGUUGUAGGAUGGGAACUGGUGACCUUUAACAUCCUCCACUUGAGAGAAAGUAACAUGCGCUUUCCUUGGAACUUCCUCAAGGUGCCGGUCUCUGCAUGCCUGAAAAGCUUCAUCCUGACCAUCUGGCCAUGGUUCGCUGCACUGUGUAUUCUUGUGCCUCUGAUUGUGACCAACGCACCAAUCAAAUUAUACUACAAUCUGUCCGAUGACGCCAUGUGCAUGAUGAGGUUACCCAGAAAUAUACUUGUCACAGUAUGUUUCUUCUCUCUUUAUCUGCCGUUCUACUUGUGUGUUGCAGCUUUGGUGACUGUUGUAGUCUGUUACAGCAAAGGAUGUCACAAGCGGUCUUCAACAACGUUAAUGGACAGCCCCAGAAACGACGCCAUAGAAGAAGCACCACAGCGACUUGAGGUAGAACAACAAGUUGAUCGUCCUGAUAACCCACUUGUAGCUUGCGUCCCGAACAUGGUAUAUCUGGUGUGUUACAUGCCCCUAAUUGUUCACACAUGGCUGCACUUCAGUAAUAUUUACACACCCAACGCGGCUUACGGGAUGAUUGUAUUUGGACUCCUGGCCAGAUCAAUCAUUCUUCCUUUGUCGUGGGCAGUUUUUAAGGACAUUCGCCAUGAGUUGAAAGAGUAUGAGAAGAAACUAAAAAAUGUGUUAGGUGCUUGUGUGAGGAACCCCCUCCCUUCAACUUCCUCAGCUGUGUCUUUCAGUCGACUACAAGAAACUCAGACUGUUUGA